AUGAACGUGGUUGAGAAGCCAUUUGGUGUUGUUCUAUUGAUCGGGGGCUGUGGCAUCAUCGGACACCACAUCAUCGUUGAUAUCGUGACCAAAUGUGGGGUCGCACGUGCAGAAGAUGUGCACAUCUUCGACCGCCAUGUUGGACCGGACCAGCUGUACUAUACAGCCUUCAUCCCAGAGGCUAACUACCACAAGGGCGACAUCUGUGACUCUGCGCGACUGGCUCAGGUCCUGCAGCAAGUGCGGCCGGCCGUCGUAUUCGAUCUGGUCUCGCCGCCGAUGUUCAACUACGAUCUCGCGUAUUACAUGCGCAUCAACGUCGAGGCACGGCGUGUCCUCCUGGACCUCGCCCGAGAGACUCGCACGGUCAAGGCAUUCGUGUACAAUUCUUCUGCGGGUGUCAUUCACGACUCUUACAGCGAUUUAUGCAAUGCUGACGAGUCGUGGCCGGUGCUGUUCAUGCCGCAGCAGUGCGAACCUUACUCACACAGCAAGGCUGUCGCGGAGACGAUGGUGUUGGAGGCUAACGGCUACGGCCCUAGCACCAGCAGCAACGAAGGAAGCCAAGGACGAUGGAAAAUGCACACAGUCUCAAUCCGACAAUGCACUCCGUUCGGCGCCAACCAUGGGGAAACGACGGUCGCAUUGGUCGAGAACGCGCGGAACGGCAAAUACAAAUAUCAGGUUGGAGACAACAGCAACCUGGUAGACUGGACGUAUAUCGAGAACAGUGCACGGGCAUUUUCUCUUGCGGCACAGGCUCUCCUCAUCACGCACGAGUCCCACACCAACCAGCCCGUGGAAGAGGCUAGCCGCGUUGACGGUGAAGCGUUCCUCGUCUCGAACGAUCAGCCAGUCCGGUUCUGGACGUUUGCGCGUCAGAUAGGUGCCGCGGCCGGGUACGAGAUUGACGAUAAGGACGUACGGGUGAUCCCGCGCUGGGUGGCGAUGACGAUGGCGUUCGUUGCCGAGUGGUCGACCUGGGUUCUGUCGUUUGGUCGCCGCAAGGCCGCUUUCACGCGCUUCGGCAUCCGCUAUAGCACACUCAAUCAUUAUCAUUGCAUUGACAAGGCCAAGCAACGUCUCAAGUAUGAACCUAUGGUUGACCUGGAGGAGGGCAUCAGGAGAUCGGUUCUGCCGUACAAGACGGCCGCGCCACAGGAGCAUGGUGGUUAG